CAACAACCCAGAAGCAACGACAACAUCUCCUCAACUUCAGUGUCAUCUCAACUUCGUUCUUGAACACACCACCUCAAUCCAACCCAAUCCCGCAACCGAACGUACAUCAAGCCUCACCAUCAUGUACCCCGCCUCGCCCCGCACCAACGCUGAAAGCUGGGGUGACGUCUUCGCAGCCAACAAGAAUGUCGCCGCCUGGGCAUUGAAGCCAAACACCAGACCUCUUACAGUCUCAUCAGCUCCAUAUACCAAGCCGCCGAAGGAUCAUGUUGUCAUCAAAGUCUUUGAUGUGGCGAUCAACCCUAUCGACUGGAUUCUGCAAGAUGAUGACAUCUUCAAAUUGAAAUAUCCUACAGUCUUUGGAAGUGAUGCUGCGGGAGAAGUUGUGGAAGUCGGAGAGGGAGUUGAUGAUUUGAGAUUGGGUCAGAGGGUGAUUGCCCACUGCGUGCGCUCAGACUCCGCCGACCUCCCCAUAGGCUCAACUGGUGCCUUCCAAAAAUUCGUCGUCGUCCAACGACAAGCCCUCUGUCCGCUCCCAAGCGACAUCUUCUCCUCUGUGGGCGUUGUCCUCCCCCUCGGAAUCUCCACCGCAUCCGCCGGCCUCUAUCAAAAAGAUUUCCUCCAAUUGCCACUUCCAUCAAAAGACCCCAAACCCCUCGACCGCGUCCUCCUCAUUUGGGGCGGAAGUUCUUCCGUGGGAUGCUGCGCCAUUCAGUUGGCUAUUGCUUCCGGUGCCACAGUAAUUACGACCUGUAGCCCAAAGAACUUCGACUACGUGAAGAAAUUGGGUGCCGCAGAAGCGUUCGACUAUCGGGCCAAGGAUGUCGAGGAUCAGGUUGUAAAGUGGUUAGAUGGGAAGACGGUUCUGGGAGCUUACCAUGCUGUGGGCGCUGAUGGAGCUGUACAGGCUUGUGCGAGAAUCGUGGAUCGGAGUAAGGGAAAGGCGAUUGUCGUUUCUGUGAGAGGUAUCCCGGAUGAUGAGAAGAUCCCGAAAAGCGUGAGGAUGAGGCAGAUAUCCGCAUCGAACAUCUUCACGAACGAAGUCGGGCCGUUCAUCUGGAAGGAAUUAUUGCCUGCGGCUCUCAAGUCGAAACAAAUAGUUCCUGCUCCCGAGCCACAAAUUGUGGGCGAAGAGUUGCGCUCCGUGCAACUCGGCCUUGACACGCAGAAGAAAGGCGUCAGCGCGAAGAAGGUCGUGGUCUCUUACAUCUCGUGAGCAGCCUGAAAGGAAGAGGGGAAAAGGACUCAAACGACGUACGAAAUAAUGACAUUAAAAUCUCAUAUCCCUC